AUGACUUCAAUUAUAGCUGCUAAUACUUCGUCUUCUGCUGGAAAACGACCUCCUGGUCAAGCAGAUGUUACUUCACAUAAAAAACUUAAGACAAUAGCUUGUGAUAGAUGUAGACGAAGAAAAGUAAAAUGCGAUGGGGAUGGGUAUAACCUCAUUCCAUGCAAAUAUUGUACUUCAGUCAGAUUAGAAUGUACUUAUGGUCGUCAACCUGGUAGAACUUCAUCAAUUCCUCCUUCAAUUAAAUCAAAUUUGUCUUCAAAUAAUCGUAACGCUGUUCGUUCAGGAUCAACAACAAAUUCAACAAAUAUAAUUAAUAACAAUAGUAUCAAUAUUAAUGGAACAUCUGUAAUUGAUCCUGCCACCAUUCCUUCUAACUCUUCAAAUCUUUCUAAUCUUUCUAAUUCCACCAACACUAUUAUUAAUACACAUACUAUUCGACAACUUUUACCUAAACUUGAUAAUAAUACUAAUGAUUUUGAAUACGCGAUCAAAUUUUUUACUUCAACAACUUUACAAAAUGAAAAUGAUGUUCAUGAUAAACGAUUAAAUGAACAACUUGUUGACUUAUAUUUCAAAAAUUUUCAUCCACUUUUACCGGUGGUACAUAAAGAAUAUUUUAUGGAAAGAUUUAGGGAUUCAAGUAAAACUAUGCCACGUCUUUUACUGUAUUCAGUUUGCGCCAUUGGAGCAAGUUAUUCUAAUGAUCCAGCUGCAAGAAAGGAUCGCGAUAAUCCUCAAACAGUUGGUUUAGCGUAUUAUGAAUGUGUACAAGGCAUGUAUAAUCAAUAUUUGGAUAUUCCUCGACUUAGUACAGCUACUGCAUUGUUCCUUUUGGGGAUUUAUGAUUCAUUAAGACGUCUUAAAAGCCGAAUUUAUGUUGGUAUGUCAAUAACCCUUUCGGUCACGAUGCAAUUACAUGAAAGAAAUGCAUCGGAAGGAUUCCCAAUUAAUAAAAAGGAGGCAAGAAAUAAGCUUUGGUGGGGCUUGUCAAUUAUAAACCAUUUAGAAUGCAUAACAUUUAAUAGGAAAUUAAUAUUGGAAGAUAAACACUGUACAAUUAAAUAUCCAGAUAUAACUUCUCAUUUAAACCCUUUAAAUCAAGAUGAGACUGAAUUAAAAAUUACGAGAUAUUAUGUUGAAUAUAUAAAAAUAUCCAAAAUAAUGUAUAAUAUAUUGGAAUAUGCAUUAGUUCAAAAUCAAAAUUCGAAUUCACUAUCUUUAGAAGAAUUAGAAGAACAAUUGGAAAAUUGGAAAAAAGAACUUCCGUCAUUUUUAAGUAUUGAAGAAAUUAAACCUUUAACGAUAUUAUCAAAUGAAACCACCAUUGAACAUUUAAGGAUUUACAUAAGCAUUCUUUAUAAUUAUGCAUUAAUUCGAAUUUAUCAUCCAAUUGUUAAUAUUAAUAAGAAUAAUCUAGAAGCAUGUACAAAAGCAGCCAACAAUAUUACGUUAUUGGUGAACAAAAAUUUUGUUCAUAUUAUUAAUAGUAAUCAAUUUAUAAUUCAUUGCGUUUUUUAUGCAGGAUGUAUUCAUAUAUUAAAUUUUCAAGAAUCCAAACGAUUAGCAGAAGCCAAAAACAAAAUUCUAAAAAUUAUUGAAAUAUUUAAAAGUGUACUUUCAAUGGCAUCAUUACACAAUAUUCAUUUAGGGAUAAAAAAUUUGAUAGCAUUAUUUAUUUCACAAUUGGAAUCGUUAACAAUUGAGGAAAGAGAUGAACAAACAAAUAAUGCAAUUAAAGACACUGGAACAUCAAAUCCAAUAAAUCUUAAUAGAAAUACAUCUUCUAUAACAAUGUCUAUGACACCAACAUCUUUACCACCAUUAAUAACACCCACUUCAUCACCUCAUCCUUCUCAUAUAUAUCAAUAUUCACCUACCAGUGGUAAUUAUGUUACUAAUUCUGAAAUUUCAGGUGGUGGAUUAUCACAAAUUCCUACAAUUAAUGGUGCUUCUACAUUAUUAUCAACAUCUGAAAAUUCUGUAGCAAUGUUAAUUGAUAAUCAAGGAAUUAUUGGAAUUAUCGGAUUGUUAUUAUCAUCAAAUUGUCGUUAUCAUCAAAUUGUUGUUAUCGUCGUAAUUGUUAAAAUAGCAAAUUUGUCAAAUUAUCGAUAUUCUCAAAAAUCUGAAUUAUUUUUCGGAAAUUCCUUACAAUGCCUUAGUGCGGACGUUAGCGUGGGCAGGAUGUCUAGUGAACAAGAACUUAGUUCAAAGAUCUUUGUGCGAAAAAUAUUUACAAAUGAAGCUAAUAUAAUUGGUGCAAUGAUGUACAACUGA